AUGCAACAAAUAUUUUAUUUAAUUGUUUAUUUUAUUUUAAUUCCAUUUACUAAUUCUAUUCGUUGUUUUGAAUGUUCUUCAGUAGCAACUGGGGGUGACAGAAUUUGUAGUAAAUAUGUGGGGACAAGUUGCUCUUAUGGAUUUUUUGGGUGUGUUAAAGUAGCUACUUAUGAUGGAGGUGUUGAUAAAAGUUUGUUUAUUGUUUUGAAUAGGGUUGUCGGUUCUGGAAUGAACCGAACCGAAGAACCGAUGAUUUUUCGGUUCAGAUAUCGGUUCGGUUUCGGAUAUCCGAAGAUUUUCCAAGAACUGACAACCCUAGUUUUGAAUUUAAAAAUUAAUUUUUAA